AUGUCGGGUUAUUGCAGGGAGAAAUGCGAGAGGAACAAAAUUUUCGUGGUUAAAGAUAGGCAUGGGAACAUCAUAGAGAAGGUGAACAAUUCGGAAGGGUUGUACUCGUUGAAACAGCCAUUGCCACCUUUAGAGCCUCCUGUGGCCAGGACUUUGUUGUAUGGAGUGAAGGGUAAAAGUAUCGUUCUCUCGUGUCCGGGUAGUAUGAAUACUGAUGCCCCGAUUCAUUGGCAAUUGGGAGAUAAGAAUUUGAUCCCAGAGGUCAUUGCUCGAGAAUCGAAUAGAAGGAUUGUUAUUAGUAUUACGGAUAAAAUUCACAUCAAAGUAGCGAAAAUAUCGGAUUCGAAUAUCUACAGCUGCUGGCAGAAGGAAGAAUUGGCUGGGACUAUAAGAUUAGUGAUAGAAAAAAAAUUAGAAUUCAACUUUAAUCAUACGAUUAUGCUUAUUGGGAUUUUAAUAAUAAUGGGAGUGUUUCUAAAAAUUUUUAUUAAA